UACUUUGAACUUCACACGGUCCGAGCACGACGUACACCGCAGCGGCCACACGCGUUCCCAUCGCCGUUUAAAAUAAUAAUAUAAGUCGUCGCCGCGCGGACACAUUUUAUCAUAAUAAUAAUAAUAAUUAACAAACGUAAUUUGUACGUGCGACGCGCCGGCGAUUCGUAUUUAUCUGUUUUCGUUUUUCCGAUUGCGUCUCCGAAGAGACCGAACGAGCCACUCACCCGCGUCGGAGGAGCAGCGACUACGCGAAUGCUCCAAGUCGCGCGCGCCCGACCGCUAUUAAAACCGGCCCGUCGUCGUCACCGCCGCCGCCGCUUCAAUUGUAGACAAUCAACAGAAAUUAACCGUCCCUCCACCACCACCGCCGCUCACGGAGGACCACCGCCGCCCGUCUCUCGUUGUCGUGACGCGUGCGUGUGCGUGUGGACGCGAACCUGUGAUAACCGCAAUUAUAUACGACGAAUACGCCAACAACAAUAACCACCGACGGGUUUUCACCCGUUCCAACCAUGGACGAGGGCGCGUUCGACGAGUCGAUGAUGUUCAACGAAUACCACCACCAGACCAAGCCCGGGUCGCCGCCCGCGCACCACCAGCACCAGCCGCUGUUGGCGUUCCAACAGCCGGGCGACAUGAUGGGAUACGCGCUGCCCGUGCCCGACCACAUGGACUUGCAGCACCAUCACCACCAUCACCACCACCAGCUCCAGGACAUGGACAUGCAUCGGCACCAUCACGGCGUCCAGGAUCAAAUGCAGCAGCAGCAGGACAGGCAGGUACAGAUUGGCGAUCCGCAGGACAUGUUUCAGAUGCCGGUCACGUCCACCGUUCAGGUGCAGCCGGCCGACAUCGUCGUCAACGCCAACGGCCAGAAACACGCCAUCAAGCUGGAAAUGGACGCGAACCCGUUGCCGACCACCGGUCAACAGUCUUCAGGACUACCGGCUGAUCAACCGGUGCCAAAGAAAUCUAGUUCUAAAUCGAAAAACACCGACAAUAACGGUACGAAGAAGAAAAAGACGAGAACAACGUUCACGUCUCAUCAACUGGAAGAGUUGGAACGAGCGUUCGAGAGAGCUCCAUAUCCUGACGUGUUCGCCAGAGAAGAAUUGGCUUUGAACCUUAAGCUUAGCGAGUCCAGGGUUCAAGUAUGGUUCCAAAACCGGAGGGCUAAGUGGCGGAAGAGGGAACCACCCAGGAAAACCGUUUACUUGACCAAUUCCGUUUUCCCGUCCGGAUCUCCGGGAUCGUCGGUGAGCUCGACGUCAUUUACCACACUGACGACGUUCGGUGGUAACGUGUCGCCGUCGUUGGGCACGUGUUCACCGGUCACGCUCAGCGGCUCGGAGCCCUGGGGCUAUGGUGCCGCCGGUUACGGGGACCUCGCACACCUGAACCUGCUCAACAGCAACGGGUCGUCGCCGUUCGCGCAGAACGCGUUCCACGGCAGCGGCAGCAACAACAACAACAACUUCGGCGGCACGCCGUACGCCGUCCAGCCACAAGACAGCCCGGGCCUGUUCUCGGCCAGCAUGCAGUGCCUGGCCCGGCAGGACAUGAUGGGUCCGUUGGAUCAAUCGCCACCCGACCGCGACUAUCACGGGCAUCAGCUCAACAAGCACGUGGUCGACUCGUACGUGAUGAGCCAGGACAUGGCAGGACUCCUGCAGCCGGACGCCGAGUGCGACAUCGUCGGUACCAUGGGAUACGAAGUCCAGGAUCACCAGCAGCAUCAGCAUCAGCAUCCACAGCAACAGCAACAGCAGCAGCAACAGCAGCAGCAGCAGCAGCAGCAGCAGCAGCAGCAGAUAGACGAAGACGGGGAAGAGGAGACUGCGAUAAAAGUUGAGCCACCGUUCACGCCACUUCCGCCUUUCAUCAACUGACACAGGCGGUUUCAGUUUGACACGUACGAGUAUCAAACUGAAUUCGAAUGAAUCCGACACGCCUCAUUUCAAAUCGUUCAUGUCUCCUCAAAUAAUUCGUGUGUAUAAGACGUGUUUGCUCUGUAUGUUCUAUGCGCUCUGCAGUACGCUCUAUAGGCAUUUUGGUGUGCAGGCAUGAGAGACCGUCUUCUGCAUCACCCACGGCAGGUAUAUACUAAUGAUGAAUAAUUACCGAUAGACGAUCAUGGUUUCGUACAAAUCACCGUCGUCGAGAUUUAUGUGACAAGCUCAUUCGCAGAGACGAUCUAUUAAAAAAGAUCAAGAUUAUAUUAUAGGAAUCGAUAUUUAUAAGGUAUAAAAUAAUCAUUUUUAUGUAAAUAAGUAAUAAUUUGAAUUAUCAAUUUUUUUAUCCCUAAUUUAUGUAGGUACAAUUAUUAUUAUAGGAAUAAUAUUUUUUUAUUAUAUUUGUGUGUCGUGUGUGUACAUUCCAAUUGGAACUGUAAUCGUUCGGUAUUACUCGUCCAAAGGAAACUAAUAUAAACUAUUUAUUUAUUUUUGUAUUUAGAUAAGAAACACUACCUAUUACAUAGAUUAUAAAAUUGUACAUAUAAUAUUAUUAUUGUAUUUAAGAUAUAUUGUCAUGUACAACAAAAUCGCAUUAUUCUUCCAUAACGAUUAGGUGUAUAUAAAUAUAGAUAUAGUAGAGUGAAUACUGAAUAUUAUUAUUAUUAUUAUUAUUAUUAUUGUUUGAACUUCGAUUAUUCGAAACCUUGUGUAUUCUAGUUGUGCCUUAUUUGCUUGUAAGUAGUUUGAAUAACUUAAACAAACUACGUAUAUUACACACUUUUAUGUGGUCUAAUAGGUUUAUAAAUUAUAUAAUUAAGGACUAGGUAGUAACUACAUAAUUAUUAUGUGUAUCUACAAUAAAAUUAUUUAUUUUUUUAUUUUUAUGAGAA